UAGAGUGCAGUGGUUGUUCCUGAAUGGUGCGUUCCCAGACCGCUUCAACUUUGCUUGCACUACUGCAUCGCAUUCGGUAUCAACGUUUACCUGAUUCUGCUGGAAAUAGACGCAUUGAGAAAGCAGGGAAAUGCAGGCUCCACUCAUCAAGAAGGAGAAGGAUGCAGAUGAAGACGAUGAGGUCGUUUCAGAGAUGCCGGUGUUCCUGUCCAAGGGUCUGCAGGACAAGCUCUGGGUGCUGCAGUACCCAGUGCGGCCGGCGCACAUGACAUACGACCACGCCCACUUCCUGGAGGCUCAGCUGAAACCGACGCAGCACCAGCUGCAGCUCUCGCUAGAAGUGGACACCAACAGCUCCAGCUACGACUCCAGCAAGGGCGAACAAAUUGCCCUCAACGUGGAUGGAAGCCGGCUGACGCGCGACCAAAACGACCUCUACUACUCCAGGUAUGAGUGA